GUGACCUGCUGCUCUGGCUAUGCUAGGGGCUAGUGCCAACAGAUGUUCCGCUGAAAACACAGUAGAUGCACAGGUUUUAAAUGAAAUGUGUCGUCUUAAACGACUAAGGGCCAGUAGCUGUAGAAGGUAACCGUUGCUGCAGCGGUGACUCUCAUGAGCGACCAUCAGUUUUUAGGAACGCAUGUUUAUGGUUUAAGUUUACCUCAGCUAGCUGGCUAGCUAACUUGAGCAGGCUUUUUCCAGCGAAGCAAAAGUGAAACAGGAAUCGGAGCUCCAUGGUUUCUCGUUCGCAGAGUUUUUCUCUUAUAAAACUCGAACGAGCAACAGCAUGACCCUCUUCAUCAUGAUGAAUUCCUGAGAUUUUGAGUCUUCAGCGACUCAUCAGGUCGCUUGCAUCAGUGGCUUGUUUUGGAUCAGAGGCCAGCGUUCAGCCUACGACCUGUCUGACCUCCCGAGCAGAGGGAGCGAGCAGAUGGGGAACUGUUGCUGUCGAAAUGAGAGUCCCUGUGGCAGCGCGGAGGAACGAAGUGUUUUGCUAAAAGAUGACUCGAAGACCGCGGUGACCUCAGGCGAAACCACUGUGGUGGGCACUUGUGGUCCUGGAGGUGAUGUUGACCUAAGAAAAACAGCUGAUGAGGACUGUGUGAAGGUGGUGUCAAAGGCUGAGGCUGAAGUUCUAGAAAAAGAGCUCAAUAACACUCAGGAGAAUGGACCCAUGCAGAAGGAACCUGCAAAAACAGCAACAACUUCUCCCAGGAAAGGAUCUGAACUCAAAGAAAACUCCACCAGGCCUCAAGACGAAGACAUAAAGGAACAUCCUGCAGAUGAUGGAAAACCUGAAAUUCAGCAAUGCACUUUAAACUCCCCCAAAACAGAGCAUACCACAGCUGACUGCAAAGCUUCUCCAGCUACAAACUCAGCCCAAGAUGAAGAAGAAAAUCCAGCCUCAGCGGAGGACAAAGUCCCUGAUAGUAAAUCAGUAACGGCUGAGGCAGCGUGCUCUGAAAACCACACUGAGACGAACACAACACAGCACAUAAUACUGGACACUCCUCCUGAUGAUGAUGAGGAAACAGGCUCCAAGGUCACUAUUGACGACGCUGCAGCCGAGCCAUUGGGGGAGAUUUCUCAAAACAAUGAAGUGUUAUCCGUGCCAAACGCUCAGCUUUCUGCUGCAGAAAGUCAGGAGACGCCUGUUCCUGCAGCUGCUCAGGAAGUUGACAAAGAGUCACAGAAAGAGUCUCUGAGACGGGCUGUGACAGAGGAUUCAGAGGCUUCUCCAGCGUGCAGGGAGGACGAUCCUGAAGUCCUAUCAAAAAGCCACGAUGCCUCAGAGGCUUCUCCUGGACCUGAGCCCCGAGAACUCAACCACAGUGAGGAACGACUCUCUGCCAACUCAGCCUGGGAGUCAGAGACCACAGCUCCAGUAGAUUCCAGUGAGAGCUCAAAGUGUGAUCAAGAUGCAGCCCAAGCUCUUGACUCUGUAAGUCCCAGCUCAAAGGAGUUCACUACUUUGGAGAGUGUGAGACAGGAGGAGGAAACUACUCUGAAUGAACAGGACAAAGAUGGAGAAGAUGCUGAAGUGAAGGAGGAAGACAAAAUGAAGGAAAAGGUUGAAGUUCAGGCUGUGAAAGAUGCUGAGGAUGAAGAGGUGACUGAGAAAAAGGAGCAGCUGACAGCGAGUACAUUCACUGAAGUAAAAACUGAAGAGACGAUGAGACCGGAGGAGGAAGAUUCUCCUGUAAACAGCCUAGGGAACAGUGAGGAGGAUUUGUACAGAGGAGCCGAGGAGCUGCCAACAUCUCAAACAAGUAAACCAUCCGUGUUAGAAUCAACACUUUUAAAGGUGGAGGACAGAUGCAGUCUGGCACCGGCUGUGGAUAUUCUGUCUUACAGCGAGCGAGAGUGGAAAGGAAACACUGCCAAAAGUGCUCUCAUUAGGAAGGGUUAUAAGGAGAUGUCCCAAAGGUUUGGCUGCUUGAGGAGAGUAAGGGGGGACAACUACUGCGCCCUCAGAGCCACUCUGUUCCAGGUGCUCUCCCACAGCACGAAGCUUCCCUUGUGGCUGCAGGAGGAGGACAUUACUAUGUUGCCAAAACAACUGGAGGCACAGGAAGGUCUGAUAAGUCAGUGGACUUUUCCUGGGGAGUGCCUGCAGGGAGAUGGGACUGGAGAUGCCAUCGCACAGCUCAAAGGCUACAUGGAGCUUCUAAGGACUAAGUGGCAGGCAGCGGUGGAUUGCUCCUCUGCAUCAGAGCGGCAGCAGCUCUGCGAGCGAGUGUUUCAGGGAGGAGAAGAGGAGCUCGGGCUGCUGGAGGCGCUCAAGCUGCUGAUGCUGAGCCGAGCGGUGGAGCUGCACGGCUGCAUGCAGGCCGGAGGGGACGUCCCGCUCUUCUGCUGGCUGCUGUUCGCUCGAGACUCCUCCGACUGCCCACGCUCCUUCCUCUCCAACCACCUCAGCCAUGUGGGCCUCAGCGCUGGCCUCGAGCAGGUGGAGAUGUUCCUACUGGGUUACGCCUUGCAGUGCACCAUUCAAGUUUACAGACUGUACAAGGCCGACACAGAGGAGUUUGUCACCUAUUACCCGGAUGACCAUAAAGACGACUGGCCGGCCGUGUGCCUCGUCACCGAGGACGAUCGUCACUACAACGUGCCAGUUGUUGAAGUUUCUGAACUUCAGAAGGAGCUCGACUCGAGCUGAUGCCUCUGCAGAGAAAUCUCCUGCCAUACAUACAAAACACUCCUCAGGUCCUUCAAGAUGAUAGAUUUACAACAAUUAAAUGAGUAAAUCGACAUUGUGGGAAUGAGGCUUUUGUAUUAGAAGAGAGAAAUGACACCACUAGCUUAGAACUGGUUAUCUUGGCGUAGCACAAAGUCUACAAUCAGGAGUAAAAGCUGGUGGGACAUUAAUUCAUUUAAGCUACAUGCAUUUCUAUGGAUGUUAUUUGUGUGAAACUAAUUUAAAAGAAAAGGUUAGAAGUGCUUAUAGCUGGUUUUUACCUUUUUGAGGUAUAGAUCCCAUUUUCUCCCUUUGCAAUAUAUAAAUAAUUCAUAUCAAUAAGGGCUUUAAGAUGUGAGAGAAUUUACACUUCUCAAACAUUAUUAGUCACAUUUAAACAAACUGUCAAACAAUAUGAUUUGAACGUGUUAAUCUUGAACUCUAGAUAUACUUUUCAUUUGCUUUAAAAACUAACAGGACCAAUUUUAGUAGCUCCUGCUGCACUUAGUCUGUCACAGCACUCCUCCAAAACAGCCUUCAUUUAUUUUCCACUGCACAGAUCCUCAGUGAGUGAUACGUUGGGUUGCUUUCAGACAUGAGGGUGAGAGUUCUAGAUUAAAAAGAACAACUUAAUCAUAAAGCUGAAAAAUUUACCCUUUGUCCAUAGGGGAUGGCAGUGUCAGAGAUGCAUGAUAUUGGAUUUUUUUCUUAUAUCCUAUCUGAUUUUGAUACCAAUAUACAGUCAUGUGCAUAAGUUUUGGGCAUGUAGGGUGCAACGUGGUCCAAUGUGCCACAAGUCGAUGCUCAGCUGCAUCCUUUUUGUCCGGGUCUUUUCACCCUUAGUAAUAUGCUUGGAAACCGCCAGCAGACCAGGCGCUCAUUAAUCGCAACAUCCAUACCUUACUCCACCCUAACAGUGUGGAAUUUUUUUAUUUUUUCAAGUGUAUUUUUUCCAUGCCCCUGGUAAUAUGCAAGGACAUCCAGAUCAUGACUGGGGUUGUGUCAGUCCUCCUUCCUGUCCAAUAGUGCCCUCAGGCAGUUUUACUCACCAUUACACUCCUUAAUUCAGCCUCAAGUUUUGGUCCAAACAUGCCUAAAAAAUCACAGAUUUAAAUGAGGCUUCAGUAAUGGGGGGGGGGGGAGAGAAAGGAAUUGGUACUUUGAAUAUUCAGUCACCCAUUUAAAUUACUUGGACGGAUGCAAAAAAUCAAACAUUUUACGAAAAAAAAAAUUUUUGAAAAAGUUUUGGUGACAGUGUGUGAGCAUGAUUAGCAAAACAUUAGAUGGAAAUAAACAGAGUCAGAAAACUAAGGCCUUUACUGUGAAACAGACACAAAACAAGAAAAUAUUGGAUUCCUGCGCAGGUGCUACUGAGUCUUUUUUAGAUAUGAACAGUCUUUGAUGAGAAACAGAAAAUAGUUUCUUUGGAUUCAGUUUACAUUCUCUCAGGACCUUACAUUGACUUUUUUUUUUUUUUCAAAGGAAAAAUAUAUUUUUGAAUUGAUUAUGAAUAAAUCUUCGCAGCCCUUUUCUACUACCUCAGAGCAUCAUGGACAAAUUCAGUUUGGUGCUCUUUGGCGCCCACUGAAGGCCUCCGAGUUUAACCGCGCUGUCCUAAUGCACUCAUAGUGCUGAUGCCUUCCCCUCUCAUAGACUCUGUGCAUUUGUUAGCAAUAGGGAUGAGUAUCUAAAUCCUUUACAGACACAGCCGAUAUCUACCAUACCGAAUAACGAGACAGACUUCAGUGCUUCAUUUUUGCGCCUCGCCACCCCAACAUGAUCCCCAAGAAGAAGUUACACCUGUUUCCAGUACUUAUAUGUUUUAUUGGCAUCUUAUCCCUGAAUCGUUUAAAAUACUGAGACAGCCUUUAUUUAGCUGCCAACUGUUAACACCCUUUUCUCUUAAAAGUAUAGAUUCAGGCACUGGCACUUUUACAAUAGCAUUGAUUUAGCACCGGUAUUGGAAAACUGGCUUCUUUUGAACUGAAGGCUGGUGUGUGAACUAGUGCCAUUAAAAACGAAUGCUCUUCUUUCAACAGGACUAUGGCCUGCUGCCAAAGUUACACAGUGCUUGAAGGCAGACCAGGGCGCUCUGCGGAAAUGGGCCAGAUCCAGUGCUCAUGAUGAGAUUGAUUGUACUCUUCGAUUGACUGAAACUGCUCUUUUAAUGUGAAAGGCAGCAUUUGGUUGCUUUAAAAUCAGGCUUUUUUGUCCUGUUUUAUGAGCUUGUACUAUGCUAAGAUAAAUCAGCAGCUGUCAGCAGUGAUGUUUUUUGUCAAGUCAUAACUAGAAAGCAAAUGUUUCCCAAAAUGUCGAUCUAUUCCUUUUAAAAUAUGCUGAUUUGAGACCCUGUACAAGAUGUGGUUUACACACUUUUGUACACACUGUACUGUAUACAGAGUUUUUUAUUUGCGUGUGUGUACAUAAUCAUUGAUCUGAUAUUGUGAGAUCAUCUCUGUUAAGCCCAAAUAAUUUCCAGGGUGUCACUUUGACAACCUUUCUGUUUUACAUUUCUCUCUAAAAGAAUUUUCUGCCAAUAGCGCUAAAUAAGAUGUUGUGUGUUUACACUGGAAUUGGGCACUUUGAUUUCAGUAUUAAUUUAUUGUUUUUGUUCUAUGUAAAAAAUGCAUUUUAACUGAAUUAAGUGUGACAGUGAUCAGUGAAAUGGCUGAAUUAGUCCAUGGAGGGUUUGACAAUUUAUCAGGUUUAACAGCAGCUCACACCGGAUGAUGAUCAGAGGAUUUAUUGCAGCCUCUGUGUCAGAGGUUUGAUUUCUGAUGUGUUUUGCAGCUGUGUGUGUGUCGAACUCAAUGUGUAACAUGUUGCCUUUAACCAAGCUGUUCUGAAGGGGAAAACGUGCCAAUGCUGCUGCAAAUACUGGCAGCCGCCCCAGCCACCAGCCACUGGAGUCAGUAGAAAACGCUCGCUUGGUCCUCCAUGUUGCCUUAGAAAAAAAAAAUGCACAAUAAGAAUGAAUGUUGGUCGUUAGUGAUUCGAGGCUGUUUCUUUCCCUCAUUCUAGAGCAGGUGAUGCUCAUUCAUUAACUGUACAAAAGAAAAAAGAGAAAAAAAGACAAAAAUGCCAUUUGCAUGAAUGAUCCUACAUUGUCCGAUUUUGGAAUGGCAUUUAAUUAAAAUGGAAGUACAACUUU